CCCCGGGCGGCUCCGCGCCCGCUGCCCCCGCCACCCCGGGCCAGGCAGCCACCGCCACCCGGCAAGGAUGAAGCUCUGCGGGACUUUCCUCGAAAAUGAGUUUCGGGGUGAGCUGCUGAACCAGAGGUGGACCAGUGGAGAGAAGAUCAGCAGCUGCGAGGGAGCCGCCGGCCUGCACAGCACACGCAUCAAGAUGAGUUUAGAAAAUGAUGAUAAGAGAGCACGCACGCGAUCCAAGUCUGUCCGAGUGCCCACGGAGCUCAUCGGCCAGGAGGUGAGCUGUCCAACCCCAGGCUGUAAUGGCUCAGGACACAUCCGUGGGAAGUACGCGAGACACAGAAGUUUACAAAGCUGCCCUCUAGCCAAGAAGAGGAAACUUCAGGAUGCUGAGGCCGAACAUCUUGUGUCCAAGAGGAAAUCCCAUCCGCUCAAACUGGCCUUGGAUGAAGGCUACAACGUCGACAGCGACGGCAGCGAGGAGGCCGAGGCCAAGGAGGAGUCUGGCUCUGACGAGUCAGAGGGGAUGCUGGAGGAGGACGAGGCAGAGGCGAUGGAGCAGGAGGAGACCCACAGCCCCCAGGCAGCAGAAGAGAGAAGCCCAGCAAAAUCAACCCACUAUGGACAAAACACAGCAACGAGUACAUCUGGGCCCAGCAAGGCCAACUACAGCAGCUACCAAGAAAUAAUCGCCAACUCUCUCCUAAACUUAGGCCAAAUAGCAGAGGAAACCCUCGCCAUCGAAGGGCAGCUGCCUGAAACGGAGCUGCAGGGCUCCAAGCCAGCAUCCAACGUGGUGCAUUUGGUCCAUGAGGAUGCAGGAGAGGAGUUGGUGGAGGAGGAGUGCGACAAGGAGAUCAUCAUCCAGACGGAGGACGCGGAGGAGGUCAUCGAGGUCACCAGCGAGCGCAGCAGCGAGUUGUGUCCCGAGCCCCGGGACGACACCAACGGAGAGGAGUCCUGCAAACUGGAAAAGGCUGAAGCAGAAGAAGAGGAUGAGGAGGAUGAUGAUGAGGAGGAUGACGAGGAGGAGGAAGAGGAGGAAGAGGAUGAGGAGGAGGAGGAGGAAGAGGAAGACGAGGAGGAGGAAGAGGAGGAGGAGAUGGCUCCUGAAGUGAUCUGCGAGGAAGCUCCUCACACGUCUCAGGACCCCCAGAAAAGCCACUGUGAAGGGCAGUUCAGCCCCAAGCCCGAGUACUCGGUCAUCGUGGAGGUCCGGUCGGAUGACGACAAGGACGACGACGCCCGCUCCCAGAAAUCAGCCGUGACUGAUGAGUCGGAGAUGUACGACAUGAUGACACGGGGCAACCUGGGGCUGCUGGAACAAGCCAUUGCCCUGAAAGCCGAGCAGGUGAAAAUUGUGCGGGAGCCCAGCCGGCUGCCAGGAGAGCACGUGAAGCACUUCCAGGUGGAGGACAAACAGAACAAACCGCUGGACAGCAUCCGGAAGAGCUACUACGGCAAAGAUCCUUCAAGACCUGAGAAGCGAGAAAUCAAAUGUCCAACUCCUGGCUGCGAUGGGACUGGACACGUCACGGGACUUUACCCCCACCAUCGCAGCCUCUCCGGCUGCCCGCACAAAGACAGGAUCCCCCCCGAGAUCCUGGCGAUGCACGAGAACGUGUUGAAAUGCCCCACGCCCGGGUGCACAGGACAGGGUCACGUCAACAGCAACCGCAACACGCACAGGAGUUUAUCUGGGUGCCCCAUUGCUGCUGCAGAGAAAUUAGCCAAAUCACAUGAAAAGCAACAAACCCAGUCUGGUGAUCCUGCGAAGACCAGCUCCAAUUCUGACCGGAUACUCAGGCCUAUGUGCUUUGUGAAGCAACUGGAGAUCCCUCAGUAUGGAAGCUACAGGCCCAACAUGGUCCCAGCAACCCCUCGGGCCAACUUGGCCAAGGAGCUGGAGAAGUACUCCAAGGUCACCUUCGAUUAUGCAAGUUUUGAUGCUCAGGUUUUUGGCAAACGCAUGCUUGCCCCAAAGAUUCAGACUAGCGAAACCUCACCUAAAGCCUUUAAAUCCAAACCUUUUCCAAAGGCCUCUUCCCCCAGCCACAGCCCCUCCAGCAGUUACGUGAAGAGCACUUCAUCUUCCUCCACAGGCUUCGACUACUCCCACGACGCUGAGGCUGCGCACAUGGCGGCCACCGCCAUCCUCAACCUCUCCACCCGCUGCUGGGAGAUGCCCGAGAAUCUCAGCACCAAGCAGCAAGAGGCCCCUGGCAAGUCCAUGGACAUUGAGGUGGAUGAAAAUGGGACUCUGGACUUGAGUAUGAACAAACACCGCAAGCGGGAGAGCACCUUCCCCAGCAGCAGCAGCUGCAGCAGUAGUCCCAGCAUGAAGUCCCCAGAUGUGUCCCAGCGCCAAAACAGCACCAGUGCCACGAGCAGCACCAUGACCUCCCCCCAGUCCAGCCAGACCUCCCGCCAGGACGAAUGGGAUGGGCCCAUUGACUACACCAAACCAAACCGCCAGCGGGAGGAGGAGCCAGAGGAGUCAGAGCCUGCUGCUCACUCUUUUGCCUCCUCGGAAGCUGAUGAGCAGGAAGUGUCAGAGGAGAAUUUUGAAGAGAGAAAAUAUCCAGGUGAAGUUACUUUAACCAACUUCAAGCUGAAAUUCCUCUCCAAGGACAUCAAGAAAGAGCUGCUCACUUGCCCAACCCCAGGCUGUGAUGGCAGUGGACACAUAACGGGGAACUAUGCCUCUCACCGCAGCCUUUCUGGUUGUCCUCUUGCUGACAAGAGCCUCAGAAACCUCAUGGCUGCCCACUCUGCUGACCUCAAGUGCCCUACUCCUGGUUGUGAUGGCUCUGGUCACAUAACAGGAAAUUAUGCAUCACACAGAAGUCUGUCAGGCUGCCCUCGUGCCAAGAAAAGUGGGAUCAAGAUCACCCCGACAAAGGAUGAUAAAGAAGACCCAGAGCUGAUGAAGUGUCCCGUUCCGGGCUGUGUUGGGCUGGGACACAUCAGUGGCAAGUACGCGUCUCACCGGAGCGCCUCGGGGUGCCCGCUGGCAGCCCGCAGGCAGAAGGAAGGAUCCCUCAACGGCUCCUCCUUCUCCUGGAAGUCCUUGAAGAACGAAGGCCCAACCUGCCCCACCCCAGGCUGUGACGGUUCUGGCCAUGCCAACGGGAGCUUCCUCACUCACAGAAGUUUGUCAGGGUGUCCAAGAGCUACUUUUGCUGGGAAGAAAGGAAAACUCUCAGGGGAUGAAAUUCUCAACACAAAGUUCAAGACCAGCGAUGUUCUGGAGAACGAUGAGGAGAUCAAGCAGCUGAACAAGGAGAUCAGUGAGCUGAACGAGUCCAACUCGGAGAUGGAAGCGGCCAUGGUGAAACUCCAGUCCCAGAUCUCCACCAUGGAGAAGAACCUGAAGAACAUUGAGGAGGAAAACAAAAUCAUAGAGGAGCAAAACGAGGCCCUGUUCCUGGAGCUCUCAGGGUUGAGCCAGGCUCUCAUCCAAAGUCUUGCCAACAUCCGCCUUCCGCACAUGGAUCCAAUUAGUGAGCAGAACUUUGAUGCCUAUGUGAACACGCUGACAGACAUGUACACCAACCAGGAGUGCUACCAGAACCCGGAGAACAAGGACCUGCUGGAGAGCAUCAAGCAAGCUGUCAAGGGCAUCCAGGUGUAGCGCCACAGGAUGGAGAGCAGCAAGCAAACAGACUGUAAGAUGGAACUUCCCCUCCAAGUAUUCAGGUUUACAAGUUGGAAAACUUGUUUAAUGAAUGAAAAAAAAA